GCGGCGCCCACAUACUUCAUGUCGUGACAGCCGGUGUCGGCUGAAUCUGCUCAGCUACAACUGCGGGGGAUUCACUUCUGCAGCAUGGGCCGAGUUCACGCACUGGCUGGACACCCAAUCUUAUGAUGUUGUAGUCGUUCAAGAGACUCACUGGCAAUCGGAGGGCUGUUUCACCUUGCCCCGGUGGUACUGUAUCACUGCUGCUGCGCCCACGGACGACAAAUACUCGGGCAUUCUUGUCAUGGUGGCAUCCAAACUGGCCUGUCCAGAGCACAUUAGAUACAGCGUGCUACACCCGGGACGCUUGCUCCAUGUUAAGAUUGGUGGCCUAACUGUCACUCACUCGUCCAUUGACGUGUUGGGCGUGUACCAGUAUGUCUGGCGCAGCACAGCCACCAAGGCUGAAAACCUUGCCAAUCGGGCUGUCAUUUGGAACCAGCUAGACAAGACUGCUACAAAGCUCCCUGUGAGAAACACCCGCCUGGUUAUGGGUGACCUGAACACCCGUCCACCGCCUGACUUGGGCCUCGAAUCCCGGCACUUGUCAAACUCUGGCCCGCAAGAUGCUGAUGCUUCGAAGUUUCGUUCCUUCAUCGAUGCCGCGAAUCUUAUGACCCUUAACACCUGGUCGGGCCCCAAAGCUUUCACGCACCAGCACGCGGGUCAUCGCACAAUCAUUGACUACAUACUGGCUGACAAGGACUUAGCGGAUGUACAGGCACGCCGCAGCGCUCCGAUGCACCACUGCCCCCUGGCAUCAUGGAAGGACAGCAAGCACUGGCCCGUUGCUGCCAAUGUGAGAUUACGUCAGGCCUGGAUGCAUAGAAGGCGGGCGCGCGACACGUGUUCCAUUGAUGUCCAGUCCUUGAGGUAUGCUGUUCGGCAUGACACGCCAGAGGCUGCGCAACUUCAGGUCACGGUUGAACGCAAGCUGCGAGCCCUGAUUGUGCCGACCACGGCCGACCAACUACACGCUGCGAUCAACGCCUGCCUCCUGCAGGCUUGCACCGAAGCCUUCCCGCUCAAGGCUAAGCAGUCAGCAGAUGUAGCAGCAGAUGCGCUAGACAAGAGACUUCAGAACUACUACAGCACCAUCGCAGUCAGCUGCAGACGGAGCAGGCCUGCCCAGAUUGCGGAGUCUACUUCGCCUCCGCUAAAGCAGUGCGAACUCACAGGGCGCGCGCUCACGGAGCGCACACGGUCGAACAGACUCCCGCAGAACACGAUGAUGGAAGGUUUGAACGCGGAGAUGCGAGAGAUCUUCGGUACUUCUUUGCCCAGUCUCAUGACGAGCCGACCAUCCCAGGCCUCAAACGGCCAGCCGCCGCUCAACCCCAAACGUCAGCGACAGGAGUCACACGGCGGAGGUCGCCCGCGCCAGCUGCAGCCCGUGACAAACCACAUGCAAGCCAGCCUAGAGGUUCAGGUAGCCCAACUGGCGCGUGUGGUAAUGAAGCACGAGGACCAGAUCAACACCGCCAAGCUGGACCGGGGCUUCGUUUUCUUCAUGCGCAACAGCGAGGGAAGCAUCUUGCAGAACCUCUUCGAGAUCAGCCAGAGGACGAGACAGGCGUACGACAACGGCCAGGUGCAGGACAACCCAUUAAGGAUCCUGCUGCUGAAGGCACUCUUUGUGGAGUUGGAGGGUCGCUUGAAGAUGCUGGACCAGGACCCGCAAGCCUUGGAGAAAACGAAACAACAAGGCCUUCUGGGAGACCAGGGCUGGUUCUACAAGCGCUGGGACCGCAAGGCCAGGAAGCUCGUCGACGAUCCGCAGCGCACACCGCUCCCGUCCAAGGAAAUGGCAACGCUGCUGAUGGACAUGUUCCGGCUCCUGAAUGCCUCCACCGUGCUGAAAUUCGGAGCCAGCCGCGGCAUCCACGAGGAAGUGCUGGAGGACCCGGACUCCACAACAGUCUUCUUGAUGGAGAUCUCGUUGAGAGGUAAAGCGGGAGACCCUCCGCCGCUCGGGGCAAGCGCGGAGGUGCGAACAGAUGGCACUGUCACCAAGCAUCACUUCCGCUUGGCCCUGCGUGAGCGCUCACACCAGUCAGAGAAGGCCUGUGGCGCUCCGGCCCUGCUGUCAUGGAAUGAGGUGACCUCGCCGUGA